AUGGUACAUAUGAAUGAAGUGACGAAUCUAAUGGAUCGGAUGAUGAAAGUGAGCAUCUUUCAUCCAUCAGAAAAACUUCGAAUGUUGAAAGAUGAAGAAAAAACGUUUCUCGAUCCAAAUUUAAUAAUGAAUGCAAGACACCGCAUACUGCGAGAGGACUUGUCUGCUUCAUCCGUGAAUGACUCCGUUUUGGCGGAAACUAGAAAAUUAUUAAUGCAAGAAGAAACGAAACAAUUAUAUAUGAAGAAACAAAAACGAUUUUUGGAAAGAGAACUGAAAAAAUUUGAGAUGGAAAUAAGUAAAUCUCGACCUAAAUUCUCGAAACCCUACACAUGUACGAAGAGAAAUUUUAUAUCCUCGGACGAUGAAGAUUUUUGGAGGACAACUAGGAAAUUAAGGAAUAAGAUAACAGUUGAAGAGAAAAAAAAUCAAAUCAAUAGCAAUCGUAAUGAAAGUAUAUACAUAGAUCCUAUUUGUAAAAAUAGCACAAUAAUGGAAACCGACGAUUAUUUGUUAAAACUCGAAAAUGAAGAAAAUCAGAAGGAAGGGGAUAGCGAAGUACAACACAUUGGAAGCAUAAAAGUAACAAUUACAGAUAAAACUAAUUCUGAAAUAGAAACUCAACGCUUGUAUCUUCUACGGAAAUACUUCGAUAUUCUAAAACAAAAUGCUAUAGAAAAACAACGUUUCCGUGACAUUAAAGUGAAAAUUCAACAGAAUAUAGUAUUAAAGAUAAUGAGAAAGUACUUCUAUAUUUGGAAAGCCUGUGUAAAAGAUGCAACAAAAUACAUUCAGAAGCAAACAGAAGAAAAAGAAGUUUCCGAAGAACAAAAGAUCGAAAUGUUCAUAAAUACAAUUAUAAAACAUCAGGAAGAAGUAAUAAAAAAAAAUCAAAAACCAAGAAUUAGAAAUGAAAACUUAAUGGUAAAAGAAUCCAACAAUGCAAAUAUGAAGAAGAAAAGUACUUAUAGUAAACGUAUAAUUGUCGAGCCACCAGCACAAUGCCGGUUAAAUGCUCAAAAACAGAUAAUAGAAAAGCAAAAAGCUAAAUUAGCCGAACAGAGCAAGAUAAUCGAAGAAUUAAAACUGAAACAGAUGCAAGAGGCGAUAUUGAUGGCAAAUAGGGAGACAAUGGACAUAGCAAAAAAAGCCCUCACUAAUUGUGGGCAGAGUACGAGAAGAACAUUGAUUCAGUUAAUGCAACAAAAUGGUUACAGAGACGAAAUUUUAACGGUAACUCGACACCCACCGGAACCACCAAAAUUUUUAUUGAGAAUGGAGGCGCGAGCAGAGGCUAGACGGAAAAGAGUAAAAUUGGCUGAAGAGUUACGAAGACAGAAACUGGAAGAACAAAAACGAAAAGAAGAAGCCGCUAGAAUGGAGGAGGAACGAAAAAAGAGAAGAUUACAACAGGAGGCUUUAGCAGAGGCAAGAAGAUCACGAAAAGAGCAAGAACAAAAUCGACAGCGGGAAAUAGAAAAAUUGCAAAGAUUAAACAGUAUAGCGGAUGAAUUCUAUCGAAAGUAUCUUCUACGACAUUACAUAGUGAAACCAUUCGUAAUGCUUAUCAAAGAAUUACGGAUUAAUACCAAAAAAGCAGAGGAUUAUUAUAGGACAAAAUUAACAAAAAAAAUUUUCACGAUAUGGAAAAAGGAAGUAGAAAUACAAUACGAAAUAAAAACUGAAAUUGCCGAAUCAUCUUAUCGCACAAUUUUAAUGUCAAGGAUAUUUAAAGAAUGGAAACAGCAAGUGAGAGAAUUAAACUUGAAAUAUCAAGUAGCAGUAGAUUUCUAUGAUAUGAAACUGUUAGAUAAAUACUUUAACUUGUGGCGGGUAACAACAUUUGAACUUAUAGCAAAAUCUGAAGAAAAAACAAAGUUAGUUAUCAAAAUUUAUGAAAAUAAAUUAAAAGUCAAGUAUUUCGGCAUAUGGAAGAGAUAUCUCGUGAUUGCUAUAGAUAUUGAAAAAAGUGAAAAAAGGAAAAAUGAAUUACGACAGUUGGUGCAAGAAGUAAUUCCUGAUUUUGAUCCUAUACAGAGAGAUGUAGCAUUGGAGGAUUAAAGUUCAUCUAUGAUAUUAAAAUUAAAGUAUAAAAGUUACAUCAUAGUCCUAUGCCCAGGUUUAUAUAACACAAAUGACUGUUAUUC